AUGAGGGUCGCCAAAGAGCGAAUGAGGGAUUUGAUGAGAUGCGUGCCUUUGAAGUCGGGAGUCAUUUUGAAAGAAAGGCUCACUGCCCUCAAGGACAAAUAUGAAUUAAUUGGUGAUGUCAGAGGAAGAGGCCUAAUGCUAGGAGUUGAACUUGUCACUGAUCGUGAACUUAAAACUCCAGCAAAAAAUGAAACAUUGCAUGUAAUGGACCAAAUGAAAGAACUAGGAGUACUUAUUGGUAAGGGUGGUUACUAUGGAAAUGUCUUCAGAAUUACACCUCCCUUGUGUUUCACCAAAGAAGAUGCAGACUUUGUAGCAGACGCAAUGGACUUGACCUUGUCUAGAAUGUGAAGCUUAUAGCCAAGAUCUUGGCUUUAAUAAAAGUUUAUUAUAUCAUAAGAGAAAUUGUAUUAUGUCAUCUUCAUAACUGGUAAAAUUUACAUAGAUGCAGACUUUUAUAGCUAAACACAAAUCUACUAUGAUCGUGGGAUAUGCAUGAGCCAACAAGUCGUUGUCUCUUGUUUUGUCGUUUAUCUCUUUUCAUGGCAUUUUAUUUGCUUAA